GGGGUUUGAAUUGAUUAAGGUCCAUCGAAAUUUUUCUUUGCUCACAAAAACAAAAACAUACUCAAUCAACGCACACAAUUUGUAUGGACAGUUAAUUAGUUGCUUUCAAUUAUAUAUAUAGGAUUCCAUUCCAGUACAAUAUGUAUAGUACUAGAAUGAUUAGAAGUUCACCAUGUGUUCGAAGUAAUUACAUUGGAAUUAGAAGUCUUACAUCUAUUACCAAAUUCGAUACCAAGAAGUUUGUCCAAUUACUAGAACAGAAAGGAGGAUUCAAUAAACAACAAGCCGAAACUGCUGUGAAUAUUGUCAAUAAGGCCAUCAAUGAUGGAAUAUACUCUAUAACCAAAAAUUUAGUAACUAAAGAAGUAUUAUCAUCAACAGCUUAUCAACAAAAAGUUGAUUUUGCUAAAUUAAAGGGUGAAUUACAAACUAUGGAUAAAUCCGAAUUUAUGGGAUUAAAGAAAGAACAAGAAAGAUUAAGAACAGAUUUGACCAAUUUAAAGAAUCGAUUGAAAGAAGAAAUUACCAAGAAUCAAGCAGGAGUCAGAUUGGAUUUGAACUUAGAAAAAGGUAGAAUAAGAGAAGAAAGUUCAAUCCAUGAACUGAAAAUAGAAGAUACAUAUACUAGAAUCGAUGAAGAAAUCGCCAACAUGCAAAUGCAAAUCAAAUCAGUAAAGACUCAAGUUAUGCAAUGGUUAAUUGGGGUAUCUUCCGGUACAUUUGCCUUACUUUUGGCCUUUAUCAGAUUCUUUGGUUAAUACUAUACAUAGAUAUUAAAUUGUACAUGUUGUUCAUUACUUCUAAACAUCUAAUUGUUACAAUAAUUCUUCCUUAUUUAUAGUUCUUCAAUAUAAUGACCCUUUACGUUACUACAAUUAGCACAAACUGUAAAUUCUCCCGCAUAAUAAAAGCAUCGCCGUGUUAUCGCGCCUACUUUCGAAGAGGACACACAGGCAGGACCAAAAAAAAAUAGUACAGACGUGGAUUGAAAAUUAUCUUU